AUGGCUUCAUGCGCAGAUCUCCUCGCGUGCGUUCGGCCUUCGUGUGCGGCACUACUAGCUCACGGAUCCUCGUCUGUGCACAUCAACGUAGACGCUUUGCAUGCGUUUGCUAAGGAUGUUGACGAGACGUUUCAACAGAAGCAACCGGUCGCGGAGUUCAUGACGUUCCCGCUGACGUUCCGAUCGCAACAGGACGAACUUAACUUUCUAACGCUGUAUGGACUGCUGAGCUUUGGUAGUGGGUUUCGCAAGGACUUGCAUAAGUUCGCGGGUCGAGGAGCUCAUGAUACGAUAGUUUUUGGGCUCAUUGGCAUGUACAUUUCCGUGCCCAAGCUAGAUGCUGAGUUUUUGCAGCAUGUGAGCGUCGACCGCGUUGCGUCAUACUUUGGUAUUCCAUUGGAGAGAGAUGAAGAGGUUUCUCGAGGCAUUUACAUGGCUAAGCCGGGGCCACUGAAGCCACUGGCUGUAAUGAUUCAGAAGAUACUGAAUGAAAGUGGACAGAAGCUGGUUGAUCUGAAAAUAGACGAUUUUGGAGCUUUCAUUCUAGCCCACCUUUCGCCAAAAGGAACACAUGAGGUGGCAGGGAAGGUUUUACAAGGGACUGGAGCUAGCGCCGCCUACCUUGUGAAUCAGCUUGUGGCUACAUUUCCCGGCUUUGACGAUCACAAUGAGUUCCAUGGCGAGAAAGUGUACUUUCUCAAACGCGCUCAAUUGGCCGUCGCAAGCAUAUACCGUCGAUUCAAGGACUCUGACCCGAUGCUGGCGUUUACCGACAUCAACAAACUCAAUGCUUUCAGCGAUAACGUCCUGCCAUGCGUGCUGCACGCCCUAGGAGUGCUUGAGUACGAUGCAGAGCUUGAGAGUCGGAUCAACCGCGGCGAGGAACUUAGUGCCGGCCAACAGGAAUGCGAACUGCGAGCAUCUGCGAUCGUAGCGUGUGACCAGAUUGUAAUGGCGAGUGACGGUUGCAUCGGCAUUCUUGAGCUAGACUUCUACUUGUGGAGAAUGGGCAAGGAGGACCGCUUUCGAGGUCUCGAGCGUCAUGUCACGCGGGACACGUUCUUCUACUAG